AUGGAUGACACAGAAAGCUCUUAUAAGGAAGCAUCGAAAGAAAUGAAAAAGACUUUCAAGGAGGUUGGUGAAAAACUUAAUGAAACAAUAUACAAUAUAGGAAGGCAAGAAAAUAAGGAAGCAUGUGAUAUGAUAGAUAAAGUUAUCGAAGAUAUACAACACAUGCCAAAUAUCAAUGUCAAACAGGGAAUUAAGGCGAUUGACAUGUUUAGCAAAUAUCAAUUUUGUGCCCGGGCGUUUUUUAAGAUGACAGAAGAAGAAAAGAUUUGUUACAUGGAAAUGAUUGGGGAUGGCUCAAUGAUUAGGUUAUUUUAA